CGAUUGAGUUUGACACCCCUGAUGUUAUGCCAUGAUCCAAGUGAAUACUCGAUUCUGAUUGGCUGCUGGGUGUUGAUUAAAAAAUGAUAAAGCACAGUGAUAAUUGAUAUGUAUUAAAGAAAAGGUGACUGGAACCAUGUACGAGGAGGUUUUGAUCAAUCUAUCAGUGAGGAUAAGAAGACUCACAGGAAACUCUCAAAUUCUGUCAUUGUCAACUUAAAGUGAACUUUUAUACUGACCAACUCAUUUUCUGCACCAUUAUACAAACAGAAAUGUGAUUUCCUGGAUUCUAUUUUUUACACUGUGCCUCCCACAGACCUCUAUCAUCUUAUUUUAAUAGAACAAUCUGCAUAACCUGUGACUGACAAAUACUUUUUUGUGCCUCUGCAUAAGCAGUUAAAGCGUUUUAGGUAAAGUCGAAGACUGAGAGAUGCGAGGGGGGUGGGGGUACUGAGAGAGACAGGAAGCCAGAAGCAAGUCUCACUUUUUUUCAUUUUACUAGAUCAAAAAGGACAGAUAAGGCGCUAAAGAAGCAGCAGAGAUAUAAGCCUUUUUCUUACAAAAAGAUAAAAAGUAAGACCUUUAAUUAUUGCUGAUGAUUAUGCAGCAAACUUUAAACUGUAAAUCUGACAGAAAGUGAAGGAAAACAAGGGCAGUCACUUCAUCGGUGCAAUGGAGCAGCUGCAUCGCCUCUGCUUCCUUGUUCUGCUCAUGUCUUGGGUUGAUCAAGGACAAACCCAACCGUUACCUUCGAACACCACUCUUGCAAUGGAACAAGUUACAACUGGAGAACCUCCUUCUAUAGACAUCAACUCAACUUGGAGAACAACUGAUGUACCUUUUUCCGAAGUGAACAGCUCCUUGUUGGGACUAACCAAUGCAACUUCCAUGGAGAGUAACAGUUCAACCUGGGAAACAACCGUGGUUCCAGCCUCCGAAGUGACCAGCCCAACCAGCAGCAAAAUGGACGAACCGUUUUCAUCGAAAGCGACCAGUCGACCUCAGGACAAGGGCGAAAAGGACAAACCAACCUGGGGUAAGGUUUUAGCAUACGUGAUUCUGGCUUUUAUCAUCUUGAUUAUAGUCGUUUUGAGUCUUAUCCUCUAUUUUAUCAGAAAAACAUCCAGGUCAUACUCAUUUGAUCUGCAUCGUCCAACUCCAAUGAACAACAGAAAUGAGCCUACUGGGACCUUUGAACAGGUCUACCUUGACGACUUUGAGCGACCAGACCUUAAAGACCUUACAGAUUUGAUCACCGAUGACACUUCUUCCCUUCCAGUAGCCAAUGGUACAAGUCCAAUGUCUGAGGAGAAUGAUUCUGGUGGAGAAAAUGCUCCUCGGGAACAAGCUGAUGAUAAAAGUGUGGGGAGCACAUCCACCAGUGAGACUAGUCAGACUUUGGCUGACAACCAAGACGAAAAGAAAGCCAGUCCUCCUGUCCAAGAAAACCUGCUCCUGGAAGCAGCUGGAGAACAGGAGAACGAAAACAACAACAAUCCAUCCAUUUGCUCCAGUGACCCUUUCGUUGAAAUAAACCUGGACGAGCCAGCGUGGCGUGACCAGCUCCUCUCGCCGUCUCAGACCUCCUCCACCGUCACACCGUUCUCCAUCCUCUCCACCUCCCCCACCUCCACCAUCUCCUCCCUCUCGUUUUCAUAGUAUUCAACUCAAGAUUAAGAAAAUGUUUUCUGACGGAACCUUGAAGAUUGGUUUAGCUAUUCCUGAAGUACAACUGUACAUUUAUGUAAAUGAUGUGGAAAUUGUAGAUACAAAUACACACAGUCAAACUUGAUGUUAAUGAAUCAAACUUGCCCGUCCAUUUUCAUCCAUUUCCCGCUUGAUUUUGACUGUCUGCUACGUGAAAAACUUGCUACUCUCUUUCGCUAAGGUGAAAAUGGUGCACUUCCGGAUGAGUCUACCAAAAUAAACUCCCUGGAAUAGAAAAACAAACUUUUUAUAUAUAUAAUUAAGCAUACACUUAUAAAUCACAUUCAACUCAUGAUGUAAGCUUUUCCUGUACUUUUUAUUUUCCUAAAUAAAGAAUGA